CUGGCAAAGAUGGCGUCUUAUCUAGGGCACCUUGCUCGUAGGACUGGCAACUUUUUGAGAAUAAAUAGGACUGUUUUUCCAUCGGUUGCUGUAUCCAGUUGUAGAGCAUUAUCCGCAGUCGCAACACCCACAAUUAGGCCAGGUGAUGAACUUCAGAGGUCAACUCUCUCUGAUUUUGGACGAUAUGUGGCUGACUGCUUACCAAAAUAUAUUCAGCUGGUGCAGGUCACCCAUUACAAUGAAUUGGAACUCAUGAUACAUCCUGAAGGAGUGGUACCUGUCAUGACUUUCCUCAAAGAUCACCAUAACUGUCAGUUUAAGAACAUAUCUGAUAUAACAGCUAUUGAUGUCCCAACAAGAGAAAACAGAUUUGAGAUUAUCUAUAAUAUUCUUUCAUUGAGAUAUAAUUCUCGCAUUCGGGUCAAGACAUACACAGAUGAAUUAACACCUAUAGAUUCAAUAGUAUCUGUCCAUAAAGGUGCUGAUUGGUAUGAAAGGGAGGUGUGGGAUAUGUAUGGUGUGUUUUUUGCCAAUCAUCCCGAUCUGAGGCGUAUCUUAACUGAUUACGGCUUUGAAGGACAUCCUCUGAGAAAGGACUUUCCACUGAGUGGUUACGUUGAGGUGAGGUAUGAUGAUGAAGUCAAAAGGAUUGUAGUGGAACCACUUGAACUUUCUCAAGAGUUUCGAAAAUUUGAUCUCUCCACACCAUGGGAGACUUUCCCAGCUCAUAGGAAAGUUGAAGGCGGAGGGGACACAAAGCUGGAAGAAGAAACCAAAAAAUAAAUAAUUUAUAUAAAUUUAGUUUUCUAUAGUGGACCACAAUUAUCUAGGUACAUUUUGUAGCUGGAGUGUUUUUUGAAGUUUGCAAGUUUGUUCAGAGGGAGGUAUCUGGAUAUUUGUUUAAAAAAAUUGAAUGCGUUGAAAUCAGCAUGUGUAUUCAGCAUUGCUGUAGAGCACGUCUACAUGAUGAGCACCCUCAAUGUCAGUUCAGUUCUGUACUCCAGCCAAGCUUGCUGGCUGGCUGGCUGUUGCUUUCUUGUUUGUAAAUUAUAAUUUGUGCACACUAAUAAUGCUAUCCUGAAGUAAUGUGGAAUGCAACUUAGCUUGAACUGAAUAAAAAUCCAAAAAAAAACAAAAUUGUGGUCAUUGACAGCUCAUUUUUUUCCAGUAUAUAGUAGAUUAGGUAAUUGAUGUUAGAAUAAAAAUCCAUUGUCAUCCAGAUUACUGCCUUUAUCCUAGUGGUCUAGUAAUUACCUGAUAAAUAGUGCUAAU